AUGUCUAAAAAGUCUCUGUCGACAGUGGCAAUCACAGACAAGGUAUUGUCGACACUCCGACCAGCGAAAAAUUUCAGCAAUCACGAAGGCGCCUCGAUUACCAGUCUUGAUUUUGACGACUCGGGCCAAUUUCUACUAUCUGCUGGAGUCGAUCGUCUGAUCCAGCUCUACGACUGUCACAAGGGCACAAAGGUUAAGGUCAUCCCGUCACAAAAGUAUGGUGCCCAUCUAGCAAGAUUCACUCACCACGACAAUUGCUGCCUACAUGCCUCGACACCGGCUUCCGAAACUGACGCGGACCACUCUGUCAGGUACUUGUCUCUUACGACAAAAUCAUACUUGCGUUACUUUCGUGGCCACAAGGACCAAGUGACGUGCCUUGAGGUAAACCCUGUGAGUGAAACGUUUUUGAGCGCUAGUGCCGAUCACACUGUAAAGCAUUGGGACCUCAGAGCCACAACACCUCUGGGUAAUGUUGUGGCAGGACAAACCUCAUUAGUGGCUUACGACCCGCAUGGAAUUGUGUUUGUGGUAGCCAAGGAUCCUGACGCUGCGGAUGAUUCUGGGAAAGGAACUGUCCAGUUCUACGAUCUCUCACACUACGAGAGAGGCCCCUUUGCUACGGCUAGCAUAUAUUGCACUCCAGGUCAGAGAUGGACAAAGACCGAAUUCUCAAAUAAUGGUAAACUUCUCCUCAUAGGCACCGACUCUGCUGACCACUACAUCCUUGAUGCCAUGCUGGGGAAACUUCUCACUCGUCUAAGCCAGCUGAAAGAGCCACAGGUGGGAUGGCUACGCUUCAAUUAUGCCUCUUCGGGGCUGGUUUCCUUCACGUCUUGUGGAAAGUUCGUUCUAGCAGGGUCGCCUAGUGGAAAGAUUUCUCUAUUUGACUUGUCCACUGUCAAGGCCUCGGAGAAGAACCCUUCUGUGGUCAAACCUUUCGACGUUUUAAAUGGCUAUGGAAUCUCUAAAAUUGUUGCCUGGAAUCCAAAGUUACUCAACGUGGCAACCGCUGACGACCUGGUUGUUUUGUGGGCCCCUGACGUAGAUGGCGACUUGAUAUAG